AUGUCAACCAAUCAUUCAAAAGCAUCUAUUCUUCAAUGUAAAAUAUGUACGAAAGAAAUUUCAUCCGAUGAGAAAUAUUUACAUGAUGGUGAAAGUGUUGUUCAUAUUCAAUGUUAUCAAUGUUCAAAUUGUCAUAUAUCACUUGCGGGAAAAUUUUAUUAUCGUUAUAAAGAUCCACGUUCAAAUGACGAAAAAAAACUUUAUUGUGAUUCAUGUUAUUAUCGUCUAGCACCUGUUUGUUUUCAAUGUUUGAAAAUCAUUGAUGAUAUUUCAUUAAUCUAUGGUGAACGUAUAUUUCAUCCUCAUUGUUUUAUUUGUGAUCAUUGUCAAGAAGCAUUUAAAGGUAAUCUAGUUUAUCCAUAUGAAAAUCAUAUUUAUUGUUUUAAAUGUUAUGAAAUUGUUCAAAAUGAUUUUCAUCCAAUUUCAUCAAUUAUUUUAACAUUAAGAUGUUCGAUAUGUAAAAAAAUUUUUCAACCAGGUGAUCUUAUUACUAAACAUGAUGUACCAUCGAAUAAUAACGAGAUUCAUUAUAUACAUAAUUCGUGUUUUUUUUGUGAAAUUUGUCAUCGAAAUUUAUCGAAUUCAAUUUAUUAUUCACCAAAUAGACAUGAUGAAAAUUUUCAAGAACUUAAAUUUCAAUGUAAAUCAUGUCAUGAUUUAUUAUCAACGAUAUGUUCUAUUUGUUUUAAACCAUCGGAUAAUUUAAUGAUUAUUUUUAAUAAUCGAUGGUAUCAUGAUGAAUGUUUUAAAUGUAAAAAUUGUAAUUAUAAAUUGAAGGAUUUAACACGGAUUAUUAUUGAACCAGAUGGAUUAUUAUGUGAACGAUGCUUGAGAUAUAUGCGUGAUCAACAGCAACAACAAAUAUAA